AUGGUGUCCUCAACACAGCUGCUCACAUAUGGGUCUCUGGUGGCUGUGGCCAUCGCCUUCGUUGCAGCACGCUGGUCGCAAUGGGCAGAGCUGGAAGCAGCGGUGGAUGACUUUGCCGCCCAGCUUUUCGAAUAUCUGAAGACGGACGCCGUGGCCUUCGCUCUCCCAGCUGCUUAUGCCCGCUGGGUGCUGCCCGCCCCAUGGGCCAAGCCAGAGCCGUGGCCAGUAAAGGUCCUGGCAGCUGGUGCAUUGGGAACUGUUGCUCUAAUCAGCUUGACAGGCGCCCGCCGGGCCGCAGCCGAAGGUACGUUUCAGGUCUCCGACUUUGCAAAUCUAUUUGUCUUGCACAUCGGAUCGUACUCGGUGGCACCACUCUUGGCGAGGGAGUGGCUCCCUUUGAUUUCUGUUGUAGUUAUAGUGCUCGUGUUGUUGACAGGGCUUCACACCGAGAUGGUGCUUGAGACCGUGCAGGCAGUGACUGCUUUGUUUGCUGCGUAUGUCGCUCAUGACCGCUUUGGCUUGCGCUGGCAUUCAUUUUUGCUUGUUGGUGUUGGCGGGGCUGUUUUGGUACCGUACUUGGCCUCUGUCUUCAAGUCGCUGCUACCUUUUCAUGAGCUGGUGGCAGCAUACCAUACUGUUGAGGGCAUCGUUGGCACUCGUCGGUUUGAAGAGGAGGUCUGUGAGCUCCUUGUUGUGACUGCCUACGUCCAAGUCUCCUUAGGAUAUGUGGGCAUCUGGUACAUGCGCCAUGGGCAAGCGCGGACAAACCUUUUACUGGAUGUUGCUGAUGGGAAGCUGGAGGCAUGGAGUUUUCUCCAGCACGUGGGCGAGUACAUGUGGGCAGUGGCUGCUCCGUACAUGAUGCAGCGUACAAUCAUGGAGACUGCAAACGCGCUGUCGCUUUAUGCUUUUCUUUGCAAGGUCGACCAGCAUGUUCGUGUGGACACCUUUUUCUCGGGUGGCGACUUCGCAUACAAUCGCUUAGAGGUCGCUCUUGAAUCUGAUCAUACUGUGGAAGCUUAUGCUGAAUCUGUGACUGAGCUGAUGUCGGACUGCUAUUCGAUCAUCGAGAAGAAGCUUUUUGGAUUUCCUAACAUCCUGCUCAUGUCAGACACCCUGCUACGCCAGCCGGCGCUUAUGAUGGCGGUUCUUCCCGUGAGCAUUGGGCUUGACUUUGGCCGGGCACGGGCCUUCGCAAUUUUAACUUCGAACAUUGAACGACUCACCAAGCACUUGCGCACCCGAAUGUCCAGGAGGAAGAAAAUCGAGGAGCAUGACGUGAAGCACGCAGAGACCAUAAGCCGCACAGGUUCCGCUUCUUUGGUGGCAAGUCGCUGGGAGGAUCUGGCAGGAGAAAUCUUCCAGCUUACAGCGUGGAGGAAGUGUUUGGUCUCAUCUCGGCUUUACUUGAACUGGAUCUAUUACCAGAACAUUGUGGGCGUGGGCAUCGAGUGUGCCAUGGCGCGGAUGAUGGAGUUGGGCUCAAUCUCAGCCGCGGACCUGGGGGUUUAUGCGUCUGUUAUCGAGGAUUCCAUCGACUUCUUGCUGACGCGAUACAGAGAGGACGCCCGCUUGGCGCAGAUGUCAACGAACCAAGAGCGCCUGCUUGAACUCCACACCCGGCUGGCCACAUUCCGGCAGAGGUUGCAAGAAUCUCGUGGCUCCGCUACUGAUGGCUACUGCACGUUUCGGUCGGAUGAAGGCAAUCUCAUGUUCAAGGACUUGACCUACCACCGGAACGGCACUGCGCGUGUCAAGCUGGACCUCGAGUUGAAGCAGGGCAAGGUUUAUGCCGUCACGGGACCAAAUGGUGCUGGAACUCUGGUGCUUUUUUGUUGGGUGGCUGUGAGCAGUUUUGUGCCACAGAGGCAAGAGUACCCUGUCGCACAGCUGCAACUUGAGAGCUCCCGCGUUGUUCUGGCCAGCGCAGUACUUGCUGUAGAGAUGACGACCCCGGCCAGAGUUCGGAGGUUCGCCAUGCUGUCAGCCUGCGCACAGAGAAUGCCUUUACCCAGCGGACUGAUGGUGGAGGGCAGCAUGGUUAUGCCUCUGGGCGAGCUUGCCGAAGUUCCACAAAGGCCAUACCAUCCGUUCCACGUACAGCCGCUGGCGUGGCUCCUGAACGAAGCAAGCCUUGCCGCACUUUCUUCUGAAGAGCUUGACCGCCACGAGGCUCGCGUGCAGGUUUCGGCAAGGCUUGGCUUCAAGUCCUCUCAGGAGUCCGACGCGCAAGGCCUCACCACGGAGGAGCUGCGACAGGAGAGGAAGGCACCAUGGCAUCCAUUUUCAGACCCUGGGCUCCCGCGUUCCAUUUCCAAAAAAAUUUCAGGCUGCGAGCUGGGAAUUUUGAGGGGUUUAGGGUUUAGGGUUACGGUUUAG